AUGUCCCAUCGGUAUGGUGAGGGUCCAUAUGGGGCCGGACCGGGUGAUUAUGGAGCAAUUGAUCCCAGUUUCUAUGCAAUGUAUGGUGGAGGGCAGGGAGCUGGAUCAACCCUUCCACCAACAACGAAUCCCCUUUUACACCAUCAAUUGGACGAGAAUUUGAAGCGAGACAAGGAAGCCAUCUAUGCCCAUCCACUCUAUCCUCUUUUGUGUUGUCUAUUCGAGAAGUGCGAACUGGCAACUUCAACUCCAAGAGAAGGCGGUUCUUCUGAUGUUGUCUCAUCUGCAUCUUUUCGAGAAGAUGUUGCUGAAUUUGCAAGAAAUGCGAUGAGCCAGCCAUCACCUUACUAUGUCCCCAAUCGAGAACUGGAUACUUUGAUGUUGCAAUCGAUCGAAAUGCUUCGAUUUCACCUCCUCGAGCUCGAGAAGGUUCACGAACUUUGCGAUAACUUCUGCAAUCGUUACGUGAAUUGUCUAAAGGGGAAAAUGCCAAUGGAUAUUAUUGGAGAUGAACGAGCGUCCUCAAGUCAAGCUGGUGCUUCUCCAUCGAGCGGACUCGGUCCGGGAAGUCCAAUGGGUCCAAUGGGUCACUACCAACCUCCUCCACCACCAUUCGAGCCUCAAACAGUUCCCCUUCCUGAGAACACUUCAUCGAUGCCCCAUCCAAUUGAGUUUGGCAACUCUUCAAUGUAUUGUCCCCCAUCCGGGAGGAUGGGCGGAGCGGUCUCCUCGACGGCUGGACCGCCCCACACGCUCACUCCAGCCGUCAGUAGCCCAUCGGCCAGUUCAUCGGUCGGUCAGCGACACGACACUCCCCUCUCAGCGGACACACCACACAAUGGAUUGGGGGUGAAUGGAAGUAUGGCUGACUCUCAAUCUGAACAUGUGUGUAUGGUUGACGCGAGUGGAUCAUAUUGUGUACCGGUGACAUGUAUGAUGGCGUAUCAAAAUGGAACAACGAAUGGAUCACCAUUUGAUGAAUAUCCACAACAACAACACUUACAAAUGGUCACCGAAUACCCUCCUCAAGAUCCACCACAUCAUCAAUCAACAUCACAAACAAAUUCCCGAAAACUUCCAUCGAAGAAACGAGGGAUUUUCCCCAAACCGGCAACGAAUAUUAUGCGACAAUGGCUUUUUCAACAUUUAACUCAUCCCUAUCCAUCUGAAGAACAAAAGAAGCAAUUGGCCAACGAUACCGGAUUGACAAUUUUACAAGUGAAUAACUGGUUCAUCAAUGCUCGACGACGAAUCGUACAGCCGAUGAUCGAUCAGUCAAAUCGGGCAGGAAGACAACCACCAAAUGUAUUCAAGAAUAGGAGAAGACGAGGCAGUGGAAGUGGAUGUGGAGGAAGUCCUGGACCGUCACCUGACACAAACGGUUAUUCGCCCGAUGCACCAGUGAUCCCAAUGGGGUAUCCGGGUGCCGAUCUCUACUCAAUGCAACGAACCGGCUUCCCCGCUGCACCCAUGUUUCCAUACUCAAACCCGAUGGGUUUCAUGCCGAUGCCAUUCAAUCCUCCAGCCGCUAUCGCUCCAUGGUCGAUGGAUCCAUUGAGUCUUGGCGGUUUAUCGGGUGAUUUGAAAGAUUCGAGUGGUGCGUGGGGAUUGGGUGGACCGAAUGGAGUUGAUAUUAAAGAACAACAUCCACAUCAU